CAUAAACGGGCCGUACACCGGGAAGCAACAUCCCAUCUAAAAUCAAGUCAUGUGCCUAGACUGCAAACGCUUUCAAUCAAUCAGACAACAUUUGGGAAGGGCCGUCCGCCUUACUAUCUCGCCCUACAUAAUGGUUCGGAUGGUAGCAGUUGCAGCAUUGCCUUCAAUAAACGAGCGAAACUGCAACUGCCCUCAGCAUAGAAACAUGGAAGGCUCCUACUUACAUAAAGUAUUUAGAGUACCUAGGUAGGCAUAUGUGCACGGGUGGGUGCCACAUGUGCAGUAAACAUACCUGCUACAUAGCCAUCCAGAAGAAGAAGAAAAGCCCCCACCGCUGGGCAUUAACAUUGCCAAAUAUCAUUUGCUGUCUUCAUUCAUAUUCCGUCUAAAAUCUUGCACAAUCUGAUCACUCAUCCCGUGUCAACUUUCGAUAUACCCACCUAGGUAUCUACGCCUAUAAUAUCCAUCUUCUAGUAGCCGAGAGCAUUUCCAGUACAAAGACAAGAGCACCGAAAGCAAGAACUUGAAAAUCUCACUCUUGUUAUCGUUUUAUACACCCUCCAAGUUCACACCUACUUCCAACAGCAUUAUCACCCACAAGCGUUUGGCCCGUCAUGCCACCAAUACCUGCGGCAGACCCCACUUCUCCCCUUGAAAGAGGGCGUUUGGCCUGGAACACCUACUUGACUAUGAAAAGUCAGGACUAUCGAGGACUAGCUGAGCUUAGACGUCAAGGAUGGGAAAACCCCCAAGGCGAUACGCAUUUCAAGACCCAACGAGAGCGUGCUGAUUACCCUACGGCCAUGGGGAAGCUCAAGUUCUUUCAAAUGAUGAGAGAGAUUGGCGAAGAGAUGAAUAAGUUUAGUUCCAUCUUGAAAUUCUCUGAUAAGCUAACUGAUACACCUUUGCGUGUCUUGGACUUGUGUUUCGCGCCUGGUGGCUUCUCGUCUACUGUCAUGGAUCUAAAUCAGCGCGCUAUUGUGCGUGGCACUACCCUACCACCAUCACUAGGCGGCCACGAAGUCCUGUUUCCACAGUGGGAAACGCAUCCACGUUUACGCAUUAAGUUCUGCGACCUUACAAUGCGUGCCGGUGAGAUGGGAAUCGAUCCGACUACUGUCCCCGAGGAGCACCCUGACCGCAGCAACUUUGACUAUUCUAUGCGCCUUUUCACUAAGGAUGCAUACGGCGAUGAUGAAGCAGAUGAGCCAUUCAAUCUCAUCAUUUGUGAUGGGCAAGUUCUGCGUACACACGCGUACGCGCGUGCUGAGUACCGUGAGAAUUGUGAAGCCGCACGCUUAACACUCUCGCAACUAAUAAUUGGCUUGCAACGACUUCAGGGGGUGGGGGAUAACGGGCGAAUGGUGAUAUUGUUGCAUAGACCUGAUGCGCUGGACACGGCUUUUCUGCUAUGGUCACUGAGUACAUUCGCCCGAAUCAAGCUGUUCAAGCCAAGAGUUAAGCAUGCUGUACGAUCAUCAUUCUAUGUACUAGCUACAAAGAUACGCGUGAACAGCGACGAGGCAGUUCGGGCCAUUGAUGGGUGGAAAGAGGACUGGACUGUAGCAACUUUCGGAACCGAGGAAGAAUGGGAAGCGCGGCGUAUAAAACAAUUCUACAGCCUGGACGUUGUGGAAGAUUUGAUAAACAAAUUUGGCCAAGAGCUAGUACGGCUCGCGGAGCCAAUAUGGCGUAUCCAAGCGCGGAAGUUGAAGAAAGCUCAAGCGGCGUGGAGUAAUCCGACGGGGUAGAUUGAUAUAUACCUCGGAUAUGCUUAGGUGCCUAGGUAAAUAAGAAUCUGGAAGAAAAUACACAUGUGUAGAACUGAGGCGGUACUUGAAAGAAAGGGGUAAUCGCUUGGCGGUGAGCCUUAUGGAUGUUACGGUCUAAAAUAAGAAAUUGAGUUGUUGGAGCUAGA